AUGCUGUUCACAAGACCGUGGGCGAGCCUGUGCCUGCUGGCGGGGAGCCUGGCGGGCGUGAGCAGCCUGGGGCUGAGUGAGGACCCGGAGAUCAAGGCCAUCUCGCUGCGCACACACAGCCUCGAGCCGCCCUACCUCGACUCGGACAUGCAGAGCCGCUGGUGGGACUUUGGCGGCGACACCAUCAUCCGGACCGACCAGUACAUCCGCCUCGCGUCGGACAAGCCCUCGCGCGACGGCUGGCUGUUCUCGCGCGUGCCCCUGACCGCCACCAACUGGGAGAUUGUAGUCGAGUUCAAGGUCCAUGGCCAGGGCAACCUCUACGGCGACGGCUUCGCCAUCUGGCUCACCAAGCAGCGCGCACAGCGAGGGCCCGUCUUUGGCCACGCCGACAACUUCGAGGGCCUCGGCAUCUUCGUCGACACGUACAAGAAUAACCGCCCGGGCACCGUCUUCCCCUACAUCAUGGCCAUGAGCGGCGACGGCAAGACGCCCUACGACAAGGACAACGACGGCAAGGCCAACGAGGUCGCCGGCUGCUCGGCCCGCGGUAUCCGCAACUCCCAAGUCCCCACCAAAGCCCGCAUGACGUACUUCCAAGACUCGUUCUUCAAGCUCGACCUGCAGUACAAGUCGGAAAACGAGUACACGACGUGCUUCGAGAUCCCCAACUUCAAGAUCCCGCCCGUCGCCUACCUGGGCUUCUCCGCCGAGACAGGCGAGCUCUCGGACAACUUCGACAUCGUCUCCGUCAGGGCCGACAACCUGUACAAGCGCAACCCCGGCCAGGCCCCUGCCUCUGGCAACACCAAGCCUGGCAAGACGGCCUCGAGCAUGACAGGAGAGCAGGAGUCGGGCAGCUGGACGUGGCUCCUUGUCAAGUUUGUCCUGUUGGGUCUGGCGCUAACGGGCGCCUACGUCGGCUUCACCAUCUACCGCACGCGACAGCGAGACCGGUUCUAG